AUGUACAUAUCUGUUCAAUUAUGUCGAAUAUCUGUUCAAUUAUGUCCAUCAUAAUGUUUAUGAUUAUGAUAUGCUUUCUCCAUCGAAGAAAGAAAAAAGGAGCGUAGUUUCUCUAUCUCUAUCGUACAGUGUGGUGAAGGAUAUAGCUUGUAUUGUGGAUUAUGACCGUCGCCUUUAGUGGGUUCAUCGAAGUUUGUCGGCUGUAUUAGUUGACGGGGCUGGCUGAAAGUCAAGCUGGCCCAAUCGAUUUACUUAAUAAACAUAGCGUUAUUUGAAUUUCGCUGCUCCACUCUCGAUCGGAGCUCGCAAUUCCUCUGCAAUUUUUUCAUCGAUCUGUUUCUCAGAGUUCAAGGGUUCGUUUUAGAGGAGCAACAAUCGGCAGCAAAUAGAUCAACUUUUUUUUGAGCUUAACGUCUCUCGCGAUUGACCCAGAUCAACACACACACACACUCUCUCUCUCUCCCUUUUUUAUCCUUGCUCCUUUCUUGUUUUGCCUACCCCGCCAUGGCGCCAUCUCUUUCUGCUCUCCUCCAUCAAUCAUCAUCUCACUGCCAUAGUUUCUGUUCCGUUUAGUUACCGUUGGUUGCAUUAUUUAUUUAUGUUCAGUUUUGACUGUUCACAUAGCCAUCAUUGAUCCAAGUCCUCUCUCUCUCUCUCUCUCUCUCUCUCUCUCUCUCUCUUGCUUUCGUUCUCUGCCCGCUUUCUUCUUCCCGAAGCUCAUUCCUUUCGCGAAUUUCAAUCAAAACCCAAGUCAAAGGGGGGACCGGGGCUUGCUCUAAUCUCAUCUGGGUCGGUCUCGUGAUCGCCUGAUUUGCUCUCCCCUCCCUCCCUCCCUCCCUCCAAUUUCUCAGGUGAGCUGUCACAGCAAGAAAAUGAGUUUUGUGUUCUGCUGUUUCUAUCUUCUGCUUAGUAAGUCUGCGUGAAAUUGAAGCUGGUUGGUAAUUCCAUAUUGGGUAGUGAAUGAUUUGGGCGUGUUUUGUGAUUCAUUCUGGACUUUGCUUUGCAGCAGAGUUUUCCUGUUCGGGUUCUGUGUUUAGAUUCUCGACUUGCUAGCUAGCCCUGGUUUUGGUCCCUGCAAUCAGAGUUGAAAGUAUGAAUGUUCCUCCUUCGGGCAGUUGCUGUCUUUUGGCUUUCCUUUUUUGUCUUAAUCUUUCUGUUUGAGAAAUUUAACAGCUUUUACGUUUCCGUGUGUUUGUUUCAACCGCAACACUCUAAUUCAUCUUCUCCUUCUUCUGCUCCUCCUCUUUCCAUUCCCGUCCCACUAGGGCGAUUUCCCAGUUCGUUUCUUCGGACGAUGAUGGCGGAGGAUUUCGCGAGAUCAGUCGAGGACGGGCUGAAGCUGUCUAAGCGGAUAUACUUGGGCAAGGACAGAGCCAUAGCUCCUCCGAACAUUCCGGUGACGAUGGACAAGUCCAUAACGGACGCUUACCUGCCGAAGUCGCCCAUGGUCUACGCCGUCAUCUCCAACCCAGGUAUCGUCGACAACCCGGACAUACCUAGCUACCAGCCUCACGUGCAUGGCAGGUGCGAUCCCCCAGCUCUCAUCCCGCUUCAGAUGAAUCGGAUUGAGCUCCAGGCCGAUUGCUUCUUCGACAAUGUCUUCGUGCAAAUAAUCGGAUCCUGGCGGGUUCAUUGUAUUAUGGGAAGCAAGAGCUGCGAUUGCCGUAUUGCCCUUCCAAUGGGCGAACAGGGUUCAGUUCUAGGUGUCGAGGUGGAGGUUCAUACGAAGUCAUAUGCUACUGAGAUGAUUGCAGUGGACGUCAACAAGGAUGUGGUGGACAAAGAAGCCCACCCUGAAACUGGCAGCUAUCUCCAACCCAACAUAUUUACCCUCACGAUCCCAAAGGUUGAUGGGGGUGCCAUACUUUCAAUUAAAGCUAGUUGGAUGCAGAAAUCAGUAUUCAAGAAUGGAGAAUUUUCGAUAGGAGUUCCAUUUAGUUUCCCAGAGUAUGUCACUCCAGUUGCAAAGAAGCUACCCAAGAAGGAGAAGAUACUCUUGAAUGUGAACUCUGGUUCUGGAACUGAGAUUGUAUGCAAACAUACCAGUCAUCCUUUGAAGGAAGUCAGAAGAGAAGCUGGGAAGUUGUCUUUGGCUUAUGAAACAGAAGUUCUCAUUUGGACGCACAAUGAUUUCACUUUCUCAUAUGCGGUCUCGUCAAGCCAUAUAUUUGGUGGUUUGCUUGUGCAAUCACCAUCUGUGCAUGAUGUCGAUCAAAGAGACAUGUUCUCCAUUUACCUCUUUCCUGGAAAUCAGCAGUGCAUGAAGGUGUUCAGAAGAGAGGUCGUAUUUGUUAUUGAUAUAAGUGGAAGCAUGGAAGGAAAGCCAAUUCAGGCUACGAAGAAUGCAAUACUUACUGCUCUCAACAAGCUUGAACCUAAAGAUUCAUUCAAUAUACUAGCUUUCAAUGGUGAGAGUUAUGUCUUUUCAUCACUCAUGGAAUCCGUAACUGAAAACACAAUCGAGAAGGCUGGUCAAUGGAUUAAUUCAAAUUUUAUAGCCGGUGGGAGUACAAAUAUUUCACAGGCCCUAAAUAAGGCAAUAGAGAUGGUCUCCAACAUUAGUGGUGCAAUCCCUCUCAUAUUCCUUGUGACUGAUGGCACUGUCGAAGAUGAAAGACAAAUUUGUGAAGUGAUUAAAAGUCGACAAACUUUUGGGGAAGCAAUAUCUCCACGGAUACACACUUUUGGCAUUGGGUUGUACUGCAAUCAUCAUUUUCUGAGGAUGCUUGCAAUCCUUGGCAGAGGAGGAAAUGGUGCUGCUUAUGAAGUAGAUUCCAUAGAGACUAGACUGCAAAGUUUCUUCAGCAGAGGUUUGUCUACUGUUCUUGCCAAUAUAUCACUGGAGCCAUUGGAUAAUGAAGUUGAGACGUAUCCUUCCCGCCUUCCAGACCUUUCGUGUGAGGAGUUGUGGACCAUAUCUGGUAGAUUUGUUGGAAAUUUACCAGAGUUUGUAAGAGCUGAAGGUGUUUUUGGCGACUUUAGUAAAUUUGUUGUGGACUUGAAGACAUGUAGCGCAAAAGACGUUCCUUUGGACAAGAUAUUUGCAAAGCAGCAGAUUGAUAUUCUAACAUCCCAGGCAUGGUUUUCAACAAGCAAACAGCUAGAGGAGAAGGUUUCCAAAAUUAGCAUAGAAACUGGAGUUGCAUCUGAAUACACACGCAUGUUAAUAUUGGAAACUCAGAGAGUGCACCAAUCCACGGAAUCGCCUGCUGGACGCAAGGGAUCAAAGAAAGCUAAUUCGGAGAAGGGAGAAACCAAGACUCUGAGGAGAACAAUGCUGCCAAGCCUGGGGGUCGGGUUCGGAAGUCUGACAGCAACCACGGACAACAUACCACCAGGAGCCGAGCAACCGAAGUUGCCAGAGGCCGCCGAGAUGAUAAUCAAGGCGGCUUCAAACUGCUGCGAGAGGCUGUACGGCAACUGCUGCUGCAUGUGCUGCAUCCAGUGUUGUUCCAGAAUGAACAACGAAUGCGCGGUAGCCUUGACCCAGCUCUGCAUGGCUCUAGCAUGUUUCGGCUGCUUCGAGUGCUGCGCCGCAAUAUGUUGCCCCGGGGAACAGUGAUUUCCAUUAGCCACUUGGUUAAUAUUGUUGUGAUUUUUUUCCAUCUUCUGUGUGUGCAGCAUUGAGUGAAACAGCACAGCACCCCCGCCAUAUUUAUACUGUAUAUUGGUGUCGUGGUUGCCGCUUUUGGUUGGGGAUGGGACUUGGUUGUAUACACACGGUGUAUAGUAGAAAAGUGAAGGAGAGAGCCCAUGAUUCUUUGUUAAAUCCAAACUUGUUCUGGGAUGUUGUACAUUUUGUAAGAAAGUAAGAAACUGAAGUAAAGAGUGUCUGAAUUAGGAGUGGAUUUAUUUGUUUUAAUUUGCAAAAUAGAGAUGUAUGUAUAUCCACAACUAUCAGGUUUGUGACAAAUAUAUCCACAACUAUCGAAAUGCACGAAAUAUUCAUUUCCGUUCACUUCGAUAACUCCGUCAGUUAACUUGAUGACUGGACAGACGGUGGAUGCUUAGUUGGCGUGUUUCUGACCCCCACUAAAUGAAGUGGAUUAAAAGAGAAAAAAAAAAUUUAGGCAAAAUACAGUUGUAUAUCCACGACUAUCAGGUUUGUGACAAAUAAAUCCACAACUAUUGAAAUACACGAAAUAUCUAAAAAUUGGAAGGUUGUGUGACAAAUCUAUCCACUUACGUCUGAAACUAUAACGGCGUGUCAGACGGCGUUAAAUUGACUAACGAAAUGCUGAAUCGAUGCCAUCUCACCUGCCACAUAAACCAAACAGCAACCAAACUUUACACCGUUAUCUGUUAGACCUCGCUGCUGCAGUCUUCUCUGUUGGCGAUUUGGUUAAAUUCAAAGAUUUUUUGUUUGAGAUUCAAUCUUGGUAUCACCAUGACGCAGACUGCAUGGAAGCCGUCGGAGUAAAUUUAUUUGUUUUAAUUUCCUCCAAUUAAAGUUCCGGGCCCUCAAUAUAGACAUGCCAGGAACUUACGGGCUGGGCCGUGUUUACCUCUCUAAUUAAAUAAAUAUUAGCUUCGUCGUGCGGUUGGGCUUGGGCUGCAGAAGAGACCCAUCAGGCCAUCGCCCAUAAUAUUUUGUAGAAGUUUGGUUUGGAGCAAGAUUGACAAAUCCUUUUACCCUGAUAAGUCGGUCAAGCAAGUGAUAUGGUCCUAGAGGAAUACUAUUGUCUAUACGACGGUUUAUACUUGUUUUAACAAAAUAUAUGAGGAGGUGUAAAUCAAUUAACACAAAACGAAUUGUGCAUUUAUGUAAUCUAUCUUAAAACAAGCUGCUUGUAAUUUUCAUCUAUACUUAAAAAAUAAAACACUACAUUACAAACAUAAGGAUAAAACGUCAUAUUUAAAUGCAACAUCUAAAGCCAACAUGCAAAUUUGUUAUACUUGAAUCUGACAAAUUUCUUUCUUUUAACAGUUAACUCCACUAAAACGACGUCGUUUUCGUUACCAAUGGUCUUCCAGCCGGUUUAUGAAACCCAAGUAGAAAAAGUACCCCUUCUCAAGUGACAAGUAAGAUGGCACCUAAAAAGCUUCAUUCCAUGAGAUUGGAUGAUGAGGGGAUAGUAAAGGCUGUAGAGGGCACUUGGGAUUGGGAUGGAUCAUGGAUGGCAUUUGGAUUGUGGGACAUUUAGGGGUAUCCCAUAUUCCAAUUUGUGCUUUUGGGAUGCAUGGAUAUGAUGAAAAUAAGGUACCACCACACCAUCCUAUGUGUAAAGUCACAUAAAAAAAAAAAGAACAUCCAAUGUGUUUCAAUGACACAAAAAAAUGGAUUCCUCAGCAUAGGAGAAUAGAAGACCCAAACAAAACUGUGAGUUUGUUGUAGCAAAUAGUACAUUAGCAGGAUGUUUGUUUAUGUUGUCAUAAAGAGUAGAAUAGGGCCAAAUUUGCUUGAUGGCUGCCACUGACAAAUGUUCAUCAUGACCUGGAUCCCACUUUUGAGAUUUGAUUUAUGUUCUCUUCCUAUCCUUUCCUUCAGAUUUUCUUUUCCCUAACUUACUUAUUAAUAAUAAGUCCAUGAAACC